GAAGAAUGCUCGUUUUGGCGCUUAACCUUUUACGUAAACAACAGCAUAACUCUGGUCCCAUCGAAAAUCACGAUCAAUUUACCAAAUUCUCAGGACAAUAAAAAUGGAAAAUGGAACAGUUUUCAACGUGUUUGGACUCCCCUUGAACGUUGUACUGAGAUAGGUUUAUCUGUCUGCACUACGGCAGAACAGUAAAUUGAUCCUUCGACUGGAACUGUGCAUGGAAGAUGGCGGACGAAAAGGACAUCCCCGUUUUGGAAGAAAGAACACGAACUAUGACAGAGAAAGGUUUAGAGUACAAAAAACACAUCAAACGGACAGAAAGAGACAGUGCUCUAAAAAUUUGACUAGUGAAUCUGACAUACUGAUCAGUAUUCUAGAUGAAACAGACGAUCAUGGCGUAAUAAGAGGUGGAUAUUCGAAGUGGAUGACACUGUAUGAGACCCUCCUUUACGUAAAUGAGGAUUAUCAACAGCUCCUCACAUCUGCAGAAAUCAAAGAAGAUUCUUUGAAUCAAAGGCUGGGGGGUUCACUGACAUUAAACGUCGUGCUGAGGAGAAGUUGAUGAGACCAACACAACGAAGUGAAGUGACAAUCUCGCAAAAAAGUGUAAAAAGCAACGCCUCGAGCAGGAUUUCUAUCGAAAGAAUUAAGGAGAGCCAAAGGAAGGCAGAACUUUUGGCGAGAAAAGCUGCCUUUCAGGAAAGACAGAAGAUAGAAGAAGAAAAGCUAAAAACGAAAAUGAAAGAAGAGGCGUUAGAGUUAGACACUAAAAUCAAAGUGAGUGAGGCGAAGGAAAAAGUGUUGGACGAGCUCGAAAGCGUGUUACAGGACGAUAGACUGUUUUCUAAUAUGGAGAGCCCAAAGACAGUGGGAGCAGACCAACACCAUGGAACUGUUGGCCCAAAUGCACAACAGACGUCAGUGUGGCAACCAUACGUGCCACAUUCCGAUUGGACUCCUCAACUGAGAACGACAUCGAAAAGUGCAGUUUCCGAGCCCCAUAUCACGUUCCAGGAACAGACAACGACACAUGCCCAACCAUCUCAACCGGUAUCUAGACUUGCGACGACAGGAGCAAACAUGUAUAGUGACUUAAAAACUGUUGACAAUGCUGGACACACCAUUGCUCAGUACUUGAGCCGAAAGGAUGUUCUGAAGGGCAGACUCUACUCUUUUAGUGGCAAAUGCGAACACUACUUGUCAUGGAAGGACACAUUCACAUGUGUUAUGCUUGAGGUUGGUGCCAGUCCAGCGGAAGAACUUGACAUGUUGUUGCGCUGGGCAGGUACAGGCUCAAGGCAGAUUAGCAGCAUAAAGUCUGCCAACUCGGACAAUCCCCAACUUGGAUUGUUUCGUGCAUGGGAUAGAUUAGACACACAGUAUGGCUCACCUGAAAGAGUAGAAUUGGCCCUCAGAACCACACUUAACAAUGUACCAAGGAUCACAUUUAAGGACAAAAUGAAACUUUUUGACUUAUCUGAUGUGUUGGCCGAAAUUUCUGCUAUAAAAAGCAAACCGAAAUACUCAGCUCUUCUUAGCUACUUGGACACUGCGGCCGGUGUUAAUCCCACUAUUAACAAACUGCCAGUACCAUUCCAGAACAAAUGGCGUGACAAGGCACUGUUUUACAAAAGAUCACAUAAUGUCUUAUUCCCACCUUUCACUUAUUUUUGUCAAUUUGUCAAUGAUAUGGCUGUUGCAUACAAUGACCCUAGCUUUGAUUUCGAUGUUUCACAGGUUUCGCAGGGUACAAGCGACACAAGACAACGCCAACAACGCCCGACUUCAGUGACGGUCAACAAGACAUUACAGAACGCGGAAAACGACCUGAUCACCUUCCCUCUGCACAGAGACCGACACAAGCUCACCGAAUGUAGAACUUUCAAGCACAAGAGCCUGGAAGAACGACGACAGCUCCUGAAACAGAACGGUAUUUGUUUUAGGUGCUGUGCAGGCCGACACCUCUGCAGGGACUGUGUUGAAGCUGUCCGGUGCAUUGAGUGUAGUUCAACAAACCACUCGACCCCGAUGCACGUAUUCAGAGCAGCUAGAGAUCACGACGGGGAGAGAGGCCCCAAGCAUGCGGAAGAGAGUUCAAGGCCUGACAUGAAGGUUGAUUCGAAGUGUACCGAGGUUUGCGGAAAUAAACCAGGAAAAUCAUGUGCCAAAAUUGUUUUAGUAGACAUCAUGCACAACGACAGCAAAAGGCCGCCUUUACGAACAUAUGCCAUCAUAGAUGAUCAAAGCAAUCACUCACUUGCGAAAGCGGAAUUGUUCAACCAAUUUGAUGUGAAAAGUCCGGCGUCCCCAUAUUCCUUGAAAAGCUGUGGCGGCCGAGUGACCUUGACAGGCAGGCAAGCAAAUGGUUUUGAGGUACGAUCGAUAGAUGGUUCCGAGCGGCUUGAACUCCCUAUUUUCACCGAAUGCGACCUAAUCCCGGACAACAGAAGAGAAAUUCCAACACCUGAAGUUGCUGCCAACCACACCCAUCUGAGAUGUAUCGCCGAGUCCAUCCCACCACUGGACAAUGAGGCUGAAAUUCUACUGCUCAUAGGAAGAGAUCUUAUGCCAGCCCACUACAUCUUAGACCAAAGGCUGGGCUGUGAAAAUCAGCCCUUUGCGCAGAAGCUGAGAUUAGGAUGGGUGAUCAUAGGGGAAUGUUGCUUGGAUGGCAACCAUGUGCCACAGGACCUGAACAGCAUGAAGACCUUCAUAAACAGAAAUGGCCGCCCAUCUCUCAUGGAGCCUUGCGAAAACGCAUUCGAAAAGGAGGCAUUAUUUGCAACCUCCAGAGACGACAAUAGGAUUGGCCCAUCACAAGAAGACAAAAAGUUUUGUAGCUUGAUGUCCACAAACAUGAAGAGAAAUGAAGAAGGGAAUUGGGUGGCACCAUUACCAUUCAAAGAGCCAAGAAACAUCUUGCCAAACAACAGACCAAAUGCGGUCAGAAGAACUGCCAGCUUCGUUUCGUCUCUUCAAAAGGAUCAUGUUAAGAAAGAACACACCCUGGACUUCAUGGAGGACCUCUUUGAAAAGGGACAUGCAGAGAAGGCACCACCACUUGAUCCGAAAGAAGGAGCGUGGUAUCUACCACUGUUUGGCGUAUACCACCCAAAGAAGAAAGAUCGUAUCAGGAUAGUUUUUGACUCUUCAGCCAAAUACAACGGAUUAUCUCUGAAUGAUGUUCUGAUGACCGGUCCAAACCUGACCAACAACCUUCUUGGCGUCCUUAUGAGAUUUCGUAAGGGCGCUGUUGCUGUCAUGGCAGACAUACAGCAGAUGUUUAACAGUUUCCUUGUAAGACAAGACCACAGGAGAUACCUGAGAUUCGUAUGGCCAGAGGACAACGACCUCAGCAACAACUUAUUGGAUUACCAAAUGAAUGUCCACGUGUUUGGAAAUAGACCAUCGCCUGCUGUGGCAACUUAUGGUCUUCACAAGGGAGCAGAGAUGGCAGCGUCUACUGUAGGUAAAGAUGUCGAAAAACUUGUGAAACGGGACUUUUAUGUAGAUGACGCCCUUACCUCCCACGACUCUAGUGAGGAAGCCAUUGAUCUUUUGAAGAGAACCCAGUAUGCACUACAAGAAUUCGGAAACAUCCGGCUUCACAAGCUAUGCUCUAACUCUCGUCAAGUUUUGGCGGCGUUCGACAAGGACGACCUUGCAAAGGAUCUGAAAGAUCUAGAUCUGGAAAACGAGUUUCCACUGCAGAGAAGUCUUGGGGUAUGUUGGAAUGUCCAGCAAGAUACAUUUACCUUCCGCGUCACCCUAGAUGACAACGCCUUCACCAGAAGGGGUGUUCUAUCCACAAUCAACGGCCUCUAUGACCCCAUAGGUCUAGCUGCAGCAUUUACAAUCACAAGAAACUUCUACUGCGAGAAAGUCUCACCGAAACCCUGGGCUGGGAUGAGCCCUUACCUCAUCGGCUAUUGGAAAGAUGGUCUCAUUGGAAGCAAUCACUAG